GAUUGGUGGAAACCAGCAGGAAGAGAGCACGGGUGGUGAGAUCUGUCAAGUUCGGACAGACCAUUGCCAACUCCACAAACCUUCUGCUGUGCCUCACGCUGUUCCUUCAGAUCAACAAAAAUACUGCGCCAUCUUCUUCGCAGCCGUAUUUCUCUUUGCGGCGAAAUCCGGACGAAUCUGCGGACGUUGCUUCCGCAUUUUGGGAAGACACGCUUACUCCAAGUUUCCCGGAAAUACAGCGCAGAGGGCAUUGGUGUGAGGAUGGCUGCGUACAAGCUCGUCCUGAUCCGCCAUGGAGAGAGCUGCUGGAACCAGGAGAACCGAUUCUGCGGCUGGUUCGACGCAGACCUGAGUGAGACCGGGGAGCAGGAGGCGAGGAGAGGAGGACAGGCUCUGAAAGAUGCUGGCUAUGAAUUUGAUGUCUGCUACACGUCCGUCCUUAAGAGGGCCAUCAGAACCCUGUGGUUUGUUCUGGACAGCAUCGACCAGAUGUGGCUGCCCGUCAACAGGACCUGGCGUCUCAACGAGCGCCACUACGGUGGCCUGACUGGUCUGAACAAGGCAGAAACAGCGGCCAAACAUGGAGAGGCCCAGGUCAAGAUCUGGAGGCGCUCCUUCGACACUCCUCCCCCACCCAUGGAUGAGGAGCAUGACUACUAUCAGAACAUCAGCAAGGACCGGCGUUAUAGCGACCUGACAGAGGACCAGCUGCCAAGCUGUGAAAGCCUCAAGGACACUAUCGCCCGGGCUCUACCCUUCUGGGAGGCGGAGAUCGUUCCUCAGAUCAAAGACGGAAAGAGGGUGCUGAUUGCUGCCCACGGCAACAGUCUCCGAGGCAUCGUCAAGCACCUUGAGGGGAUGUCAGAGGAGGCCAUCAUGGAGCUGAACCUGCCCACAGGGAUCCCAAUCGUGUACGAGUUGGACAAGAACUUGAAGCCUUUAGGACCCAUGCAAUUCCUGGGAGACGAGGAGACGGUCAAGAAGGCCAUGGAAGCUGUGGCUGCUCAGGGCAAAGUCAAGAAAUAGACCCCCCCCCACCCCUCCCUACGCACACACACCUCCCACCUCCCCAUCAUGGAUGGCCUAGUACAGAUCACAUGUGCUAUUCAGUUUUCAAGUUAUUUCAAGGUCAUUUAUUGUUCCAGUCAUCCCAGAGUCGGGCAUACAGAUACACAAUGUGCACUUUUAUUUUCUCAAUACGCAGCCCUCACAUACACAAAUCCAAUGUUUUUGAAUUGAUUUAAAUAUGUCAUCCUUUAACAUACAGUUCCUCAUUUCGAUACCAGAUGCAAUAUGAUUUGAGCACUGACCAAAAUGAAAAUGUACGGACCAGCCAAAAAGAAGCAAACAUAGCGAACCCUGCAGAGUCAUUCCAAGUAUUCCCUCCUCUUUACGACCUACGUAUGUGUGUAAGUUGAAGCUCAGUGGGAAAAGUAGAUCCUCAAAGGUAUUACACUGGCUGUUGUUAAAAAGGGCACGUUUAUAUGCUCUGCACUGCUGAUUGUUGUUUGCUGUUGCAUUGUGAGAAGUAGAAUAAAUAUUGUGAGCAAUUA